CCAGAUUGGGACCGAUUUUCCGCCCAAUCUGGCAACCCUUGCUGAGGGGCGCUGCGAUUGGACAGUAGCAGCACGCAGCAUUUGUAAGCCUCUGCGUUGUUCGAAGACGUCAAGUGAAAGUAUCAAGAAUGAACCGGCAAGGUUUUGGUGGCAACCCAUCGAUGCACAUUCAUCCGGGGACAACGAUUAGAUCUUCUGAUCUAACAGAAGAAGACGUUGACGAGCUGAAUGCUGAGUUAACAAGGGUGGAAGAUGAGAUCCAGACUUUGCGACAGGUUCUUCUGGCAAAAGAGAAAUAUGCAAUGGACAUCAGGAGACAGCUAGGCACGACGCCGCUCAACAACAUCAAGAACAACCUGGCCAAGGGAUGGCAAGACGUGCAGACCUCCACCCCAUAUAUGACAGCCGCUACAACUUUAGACGACAUCAGUAACUCCAACGCAUAUAAGAGGACCCAGGAGUCGCUCUCCUAUGCCGGCCAGGUGACCACUGCUGCUCUGUCUACUGUGGGAGUUUCCAUCACCAGGAGGCUUGCAGAUAUGAGAACUCUAGCCCUUCCCAGCUCAGCCCGACCCCUGGCCCACAGCAUCAGUGUUCCUGCCAUGAGACCCUCCUCGACUUUCAGGUCUUUUGAAGAAAUGGUUGGCAGUGUUAAGGAUAAGGUGGCAGGUGGUCGAGGAGACGGAGGAAACACGUCGGGGUUUGAGAAGCCCUCUUCCCGUCGCACCUCGAGGGACGGGCCCUUCUGAGAGCGGAGCAGAAGAUGGACUGUUUGUUUUGAGAUAAUCUCCUUGAUGCGUUGUCUGCAUCCAAGCUAACAAUCGGAGGUUCUAAAAGUGUUCAUUCAGAUUAUAAGUGAACAGUAUAUUAAUUAGUCAAUAAUAUAUAUGAAGGAGUUAGUGUGUUUGUGUGUGUGUGUGUGUGUGUGUGGGGGGGGGGGGGGGUGUCUCUUAUGUGUUAAAUAAACCAGUGUAAACCAAUUCAUCUUAAUACAUUAUUUGACCGAAAAGUAUUUUUUGUACUUUCACAUUUUUCAAUUAAAAUUGGUUGAAAAGUGAACGGCAUUUUGUGACUUCUUGAAGUCGAAACUAAGUGAAUGCAGUUUGUAAUUGUAUGGCUAUUUAAAGAUAUAAUUAUUAACAAUAUAGGGCAUAUUAUAUUAACUCUUUCAAAUUAAACAUUUUAUGUAUUUUUAUGAAAAGAAAAUCGUAGGUUUUGGAUGCAGCAUUGGUUGUUAUGAUGCAUUGUAAUCAGUAAAAGGGCUGACUCCAAUGUUGGAGCUCACCUACGCCGAGAGCUUCCCAUUUUUAUGUCACCAAUAAAAUAAAUGGAAUUGU